AUGGCCACUGUUCGCAAAGUUAACUUCCUCAGCCAUGGCAUCAACGUAAUCGGCGAUCUAUACCUACCCUCCCCAAACGCACCAGACCGCCAAAAUGCCGCCCUUAUUGUCGGCCACCCCGGUACAUCUAUCAAGGAACAAGCGUCUGGAUUAUAUGCCAGAAAGCUAGCCGAACAUGGCUUCAUCACUCUCGCGUACGAUGCAGCCUUCCAAGGUGAGAGCGAAGGCGAGCCACGUUACCUAGAAGAUCCGUACCAACGAGUCGAGGACCUCAAGAGCGCUGUAACAUUCCUUUCAACUCUUGACGGCGACGUUGACCCCGAAAGGAUCGGAGUUGUUGGAAUCUGUGCUUCUGGAGGCUACGCAAUCUUCGCUUCACAGACUGAUGUACGCAUGAAGGCCGUGGCGACCGUAGUCGGCGUCUGCUUGGGUGGUAUGCAUCGCAACAGUUUGAGAGACGACUUUGGAAACAUCAACCCAGAAACACUGCAUCAGCGCCUGAGUUUUGCAGCGCAAGAACGCAUCUCAGAAGCCAAUGGAGGAAAGCCUGCCGCAUUCAGCACGCUAGACGUUUUCGAAGAGGCAAAGUCAUACUAUCUGACUCCCCGCGGGUACCAUCCCAAAUGUAACAAUCUGCAGCUUGUGAGGAGCUUCGAAAAGCUUUCCACAUACGAUUCUCUUGCUUUCAUCGACUGGAUCUCUCCGCGACCGCUGUUGAUGAUUACGGGAAGUUUGGCAGACACGGGUAAUGGAGGCCCAGCCGAUACCGCUUGCUACAGCAAGGACGCAAUCAAGAAGGCCAAGGAGCCGAAGGAACUUUUCGUCAUUGAAGGAAAAGGACAUCUCGAUUUGUAUGCUGAUACUGAGGAGAGUGUUCCAAAGCUAGCUGAUUUCAUGGGGAAGGCGCUAUGUACUUAG